GAUAGAGGAAUCAGUUGUCUGAUUAGUAAUUGAUUGUAUCAAGUAUAGACUACAGUCUACAUAUUAUUUAUUCGUAACUGGCAAGUCGUGAAAAUUGGAAAAUAAUUUCGUUCAAUGAAACUUUCCAUUGUGUAGUAUGUUUUUCAUUAUAUUUAGCAGAAUCGGCUUUUGAGAUCAAGUAUUCGCACCUUCAUUGUUAUAAGAUUUGAUUUUGGAAUUCGAUUCAAUGUUGUAGAAAAAUCUGGUUCAAUACUUGAAAAUCAAGAGAGCCCAGUACCAUAGGAUUGAGCAAAAAAAGUUGAGACAUUUGGUCAUCAUUCAUCAACAGUGAACACUACCAUGAGCGUUUUAAUUGAAGUAAUUUCAAUAACGAUGAUUGUGCUACUAAUAUUACCCAGCAAGAAUUGCUCGAAGGCUCAAAAAAAUGACGAUAAAGAAAAUAUAUUAAAUACUUCACUACAUUCACCACAUAAACUGCCAUUACUUCCCGACAUUAACGAGUCAUGGAGAAGCAUUCGAUUAAAUAACAAAACUUACGUCGAUAAAACACGGGUUUUAAAGAUGAUGUUGUCUACUGGUGGGCAAAUCUGGGCAUGCUUAAGACCACAUGGAUUUGGAAAAAGCUUAUUUAUUCAAAUGGUCCGCCACUUUUUUUCGGGAGAAGAACAUUUGUUUAGAGGAUUAGAUAUACAUGAAGAUGGAAAUACACAUAAUAUAUAUUUCCCUCAUUUCAAAAACAUUACCACCAAAUGGAUACAAUUCCCAGUAAUCCAUUUAAACUUUGGUACAAUUCAAUUCGAAACAUUCGAUGAUUUUGAAAAAGCAUUCAGGCAAAUGCUGAGAAAUGUCGCACAUGACUACCACAUUGAGCACUCUUCUACAUACUAUUAUCCAACUUUCCGCCUCAUAACAGAUCUGUACGAUAAGUUUGAUCGAUUGCCCGUUAUAAUACUCAUUGACGAGUACGAUAAACCAUAUGAAUAUGCGAUGCAUACGAUGCAUAAUCCUAAAUUAGCGUGGUAUAUUACAGAGAUAAUAGUUGGCCAUUUGAAUGCCGCGAUAAACAGAUUGGAGGUACAGUUCUUAUUCCUCACCGGAAUUUCAGGAACGUGCCUAGGAAGUAUGGAUUGUGAUCUUUAUGAUGUCUACAAGAUUGAUGAUAUCACUUUUGAUCCCAAAUUCUCUGACGCGUUUGGCUUUACACGGGAUGAAAUUGUAACCUACUUUAUGCCCCAUCUAGAAAAACUCCCUACAAAGAAAAAGUCUCCAGUGCAAGAACUCACAUCAUGGUAUAAAGGAUACAGUUUUGAUAAGAACAAUGCAGCGACACCAAUCUUUAAUCCAGUUGACAUAAUCACAUGUUUACGAAAAAAACAGUUCGAUAAUAUUACUGGUGCAUAAAACUGUCUCGUCAGAAAUAAUGGUUGAACUCGGUCUCUGUAUAAGUGGAUCUAUACUCAGAUUGAAACCAACAUCUCUGUGAAUGUUUCUGAAGGUGUGACUCGUAAAAUCGGCUCAAAUGUAGAUAAACUUGUGAAACAGGUCGAGUAUAAUACACAACUCGAUUUUUAGCUGCCCAACUGCACAUUCACGCCUUCUGGAGCAAAUUCAAAAUUCUGGAGAAAUUGAAAAAUCGCGCUGGUGGCUCCAGAAUGGCUGGAAAUUGUGAAAUUUAGAUUUCGAGGGUUAGUUUUGGGCAAAAUACAGCGAUUCGCGUGAAUUUCGAAAAUUUCCACACAAACGGGAAACUUUUGAUUUUUUGGAUUUUUUAAUUUUGAAAAAAGCUGAUCAAAAAGCCACUUUUGAGGUGUCACUCUCAAAAUCGGCUCAAAUGUGGAGGAACUCGUUAAACAGGCCGAGUGUAAUAUGCAACUCGAUUUUUAGCAGCCCGACUUCAUAUUCACGCCUUCUGGAGCAAAUUAAAAAUUCUGGAGAAAUUGAAAAAUCGCGCUGGAGGCUCCAGAAUGGCUGGAAAUGGUUAAUAUUAGUUUUGGGACUUAUUUUGACCAUUUUUACUGAUCAAAUACGUACUUUUAAAAAAACAUAAAUCGCCAAAAACGAGUCAAUUUUGAAUUUUCAAAAAUUCGCCAAAAAUCGAAAAAUGAACUUGGGCAGCUGAAAAUUUGGUUUUGGAGCUUUACCAAAAAUCGCAAUCCCGUUCAAAUCGGAAUGUGACACAUCAAGAGGUUCCCUUGUGAGAGAACUGCGCCGUUCGCACCACUCGUUAUCAGUCAUCACUUAUCAAGAAGAUCUACACACGGAAAAUAUUUCAAAAAAUUGCCGAACCCAAGAGCAAAAAACUCGUCGAUAUGCCAUGGAAUGGCUCAACUCUUUAUGACUCGAUUGUCAAUAUAAAACAUUUUGAGAAUGGAGAUGAUAAGAUGCCGUUGACAUUAGCCAAUUUUAUAUCUCCACUUCAAUGCGUCAUUUAGUUAUCAAGGAAAAAUACCUACUUUUCGAAUACCUAACUCACGAAAUUCACUUAAUCCCGGGCAAUCAUAAUACAGUUGAGAUAAGUGUACCUACAUGAAAAAUAAUACCUUAAUUUUUUUUGAUAAAUCGCAUCAUUCUGUCUCGCCUCUUCAUCAUCAGGACAGCAAAACAACAGUUCCAUUCAUUCAUUUUAUAUACAUUCGUACUUAUCAUUAGUUAGAUAUUAUAAAAAUAAAGCGAGGAUUGAUUUUAAAAUGAAAUAAAUGUAUAGAAUAUGCGCCAUAGGUAACUGAGAUUAGAUGGUACCUACACAUAAAUGAACCUACUUAAAUUUUUAAUGUACAUUACAUAACAUACUUUGCACUGUAUAACAGUUUUGUGAACGUAAAAUAAGAAUAGUGAAAAUUCAAUCUUUGAAAAAGUUUCUCGAAUACGUGAUAUUAUACCUUUUACCUACCUACCUACCUAUUCUUAGAAUAUGAAUCCAAAAGAUGAAACCAGCUUCAUUGUUACUUCUAACAAACCACCAAACAAUGGUUUUCUGCCCAAAGACGCAGAUUUUUCUACAACAGCCAUUCACGCAGGUCAUUCACCCGAUCAAUGGUCUUCGAUGGCUAUUACCACACCUAUCAGCCUGAGUAGCGCUUUUAAGCUACAAGCACCUGAUCAAAAUCCACAAUUCGCAUACAGUCGCUGUAAUAACCCAACCAGAAACGUUUUGGAAACUUGCCUGGCAGCUUUGGAAGGUGUCAAGUAUGGUUUCACUUUUGCAUCAGGGGUUGGUACGGUGAGCGCUAUUGGGCAACUAUUGAAUUCCGGCGAUCGUAUAAUUUGCACGGAUCAAGUAUAUGGUGGAACUUAUAGAUACUUUAGUGAAGUGGUUGGUAAAUCAGGCAUCUCUGUUUCGUUUAUCGAUGUGAACGAUUUUGAGAAGAUUGAUCAAGUGCUGGACCAGAAUACUAAAUUGAUCUGGCUAGAAAAUCCGACAAAUCCGUUGAUGAAAGUAAUCGACAUUAGAGCAAUAGCUCGAUACGUGAAAUCAAAAAAUCCUGAUAUUAUCGUAGUAGUUGAUAAUACAUUUUUGACACCGUAUUUUCAAAAACCUUUAGCUUUAGGUGCAGAUAUAUCGGUAUACUCGGUUACCAAAUACAUGAAUGGGCAUACCGACGUGAUUAUGGGAGCUGCAGUCACCGAUAGUGAAACUAUUCACUCGAAUUUGAGGAUCAUACAAAGUGCUUCUGGAGCAGUUCCUUCUCCUUUCGAUUGCUACUUAGUGGACAGAAGUCUGAAAACGUUAUCUAUCAGGAUGAAACAGCACAUGAAAAAUGGUCUAAAGGUGGCUCGGUUUCUAGAAAAUCAUCCCUUGAUUGCUAAAGUUCUACAUCCAGGAUUGGAAUCUCAUCCAGGACAUGAAAUUGCCAAACAACAGUGGUCCGGAUGUAGUGGUAUGUUGUCAUUUUACUUGAAAGGCAACCUCGAAGAUGUAAAAUUAUUCAUAUCGAAGUUGAAGUAUUUUACCUGCGCUUAUACUUUGGGAGGUUUCGAAAGUCUAGUAGCUGUUCCAUCUUUAAUGUCCCACAACGCCAUACCACCAGCUGUGCGUGAAAAAUUAGGCAUUAUCGAUAACCUGGUUCGUCUUUCAGUUGGCUUAGAAUCAGUCGAUGCUCUGAUUGAAGACCUUAAUCAAGCUUUGUUAUCGGUUCAAACGAUUCAGAAGAAAAAGACUGUAAUUUGAUCGCAAUAUUUCAAACAUCUUCAUUUUUUGUAAUAAUUUUUACACUACAUUUUUUCAUACCUAACUAAGUGUACCUAUUUUAGAAACGUAAUUUUUGGAAAAUAUAUCUAAUCAUCAAGUA